AUGGGCUCAAGUUCACUCCCAAUUGGCUACUAUGCUCUCCAUAUCUUUUCCUUUGUCGCAAACUCGGCGCUCACACUCACUCUUGUCUUUGGUUUCAAGCAUCCUGGAGUCCUCAAACCGAGUCCUCUCCUCCCAGCGAACACGUCGACAUACAGCUUGUUUGGGAUCGUUGCAUGCUUAUUACUCUUCACGGGUCAUGUCCACGGCCCAGAGCCACCAAAGGUCCUCUGUCAAGCCCAGAGCGCGCUCAUGCUCGCAUUUCCGCCUGCGCUCAGCGGUCUUGCGCUCUCUCUCGUCCUUACCGUUUGGCGGCUAGCUUGGCUCGUCCACCACGAACGGACGCCCUGGUUUACGGACACUCAAUUCAAUUCAAUAUCGAUUGCAUUCCCCUAUCUCUUCUUCGUGGCCUUUGCCGUGGCUGGCUCAAUUGUCGGCACCCAAUCACCAGUCACCCGCCACGACUUUUACUGCAUGACCGAUAACAAGACGCUCACCCUCCUCAACGCCGUCGCGACGCUGGUCAUUCUCGCCACCACCGUCCUCUUUCAAGUAUGGACACUAUUCAUCGUCUUUAAAAGAUACAGAAUAUCACGCAAAUUUGGCCGGGCUGAAGUUGGUAGCGAUGUCGCCCUCUUUAUCCGCGUACUAUCAUUCGGCUUGUUUGUCUUUUUUGCCAUCGUCCUCUCUGGCAUUGCACUCGUCAACUACUCUUCGCCCAUCCCCGACAUUCUCGUGGCCCUGUUUGGACCCGUCGUCUUCUUCAUCUUUGCAUCUCAGGACGAAGUACUUCGAUGUUGGAAACUCAAACCACCACGAUCUAUCGUGACAGACCGCUCAGACUCUGUUGCGACACUCAACUCUGCCCGUGCUCCCCGCAGUCGCCCACGAGACUCGAACACUUUCUCCUUUAUAUCCGCACCCAACCCACGCAUGUCUACGACGACAAUCAUGGCAGACCAGGCGAAACCAACCUUGCCAGAGGACACCCAGGUCCUCCAUCUGACUACAAACAAUCUCUCUGGUGAUCCUGAGCCGACUCCAAAGCCAGAGCACGCAUCCGCAACCACGCUGCUGGCUGACGAGCCCGCCGCACUCGACGCUCUGCAAGAAACGACAGAAUCAAAACAAGAAGAAAACCCAAAGGCACAGUCUACCAACGAGGAAGAAGAAUCCGACGACGACGAGGCGAAUGCACGCUUCUCCACCGUGCCUCUGUCCGCAACGACGCCGGAUGCCCCGCAGAGCGAGCUGUCGGAGCCAAAGGGCCAGCGAGUGUCCGUUUCAUCGACGAAGAAUAUGGAAAUCUCACUCGAGACGCCCCGUACGUCCAUGUCGGCCACGCUAGCGUCUACCGGAUCGACAAAAGACUCCAAGGCGAAACGGAGACCCUCGUCGCUCGUUUCGCCUACACCGCCGAGCGUGUCAUCCACUUCGAAUGCAGAUUUCAUCCUCGCAAAGCUCGAAAAGGAUAUGCUUAGCCCCACAAAGGCUGCGCGUGUCAGCCUGGAUGGCAAGAAUAUUCUCCAGGCAGAGUUUGAGAAUGUUAGAAAGUCUAAAGAGGAUGAGACAGAGUCCAUCACGGCAGAUGGGAUCAACUGGGAUUUCUGGGGCGUCGUCAUGAGCGAUUACGAGUCGUUUGCGAGAAACGAACCCAAAAAGCUUGCACGAGCUAUAGAGGCGGGAAUACCAGCCGCCCUCCGAGGGAUGCUGUGGCAACUGAUGUCGGCUUCCAAAGAUACAGAAUUGGAGCAGCUAUACGCCAAUCUCAUCAAGGGCAGGAGUCCGCACGAAAAGGCGAUCAGCCGAGACCUCGGACGCACGUUUCCACAUCAUGCGUUUUUCAACGACGGUCAAGGUGUUGGUCAAGAGUCUCUGUUCAACGUACUCAAAGCCUAUUCACUGUUUGAUCCGGAGUGUGGGUACUGUCAGGGACUCCCCUUCAUUGUUGCACCUUUGUUGCUCGUGUGUCCAGAUGAAGAGGCGUUCUGUCUCCUCGUUCGCUUGAUGCAGUCGUACGAGCUCCGUGGCCACUUUUUGCCCGAAAUGCCUAGCCUCCAACUACGAUUGUUCCAGUUUGAUCGACUCAUAGAGGAAAUGCUCCCGGUGCUUCAUAUUCAUUUCCUGCGGCAAGGCGUCAAGUCGAGCAUGUUUUGUUCGCAGUGGUUCAUGACUCUUUUCGCCUAUAGAUUCCCAUUAGACCUGGUGUUCCGCAUCUUUGAUCACGUUUGGGCCACAGGAGUGGAUGCCAUAUUCAGCUUUAGUGUCCUCCUCCUUCAAAAGAAUGAACAAACACUCCUCAACCUCAAGUUUGACCAGAUAUUAGAGUUUCUCAAGACAUCGUUACUAGAUUGCUACAUGGUAGAAGAAGAGUUGGAAGAUGGAGAGGACGAGCGUAUCCGAAUCGACGAUUUCAUCCGCGAUGCAGCCGCCUUGCGGAUAACACCGUUUCAAUUGGACGGUUUCGCGGGGGAGUAUAUGGAGAUGCGGCGGGCUCAGACUGCACAUCUCGUCGAGAUGGAAAAUUUGCGAAGAGAGAAUGCGGUCCUCAAGUCUCGCAUCAAAAAGCUAGAGGAAUCAUAUGCGCAAGUUGAGGCGGAGCAUUGUGACGUCAUCAAUCAGCUGGUGAUGGCCAAGGUCGAAAAGGAAGAGUACGAGGCCGAGCUCGUUCGUUUCAAGCUUCUAUAUGCCGAACUAAUGCAUCAGCAUGAAGACUUGAAGUCGCCAAACCGUCUCUCCACCAUUUCGCACUCGAGUGGGAAUCGACAACUGUCGGCCUAG